GGAGCGAGCGCUGUGCUGGGACCCCCCCCCCCCCCGUGCUUCUAACAACAACAACAACCACCACCACCACCAAUCGUCGUAGUUAACGAUAAUAAUCACAGCGGAUAAAAUACUAACAGCAGCGCGGACACCACACACACAGAGAGGGGUGGGGAUAUCGUGUUGGUUGGUGUUGGAAGCUGCGUGGUUCCCUGUCCGCGAACGCCGGAAUCGUCGCCGCCGCCGCCGCCACCACCACCACCAUGCCCGAGACGGUCUCGGAGGUCCGAGAGGAACCGGUUUUGGUUGAGCCGAACGUGGCGAAGAAAGCCAACAGCAUCGCCAAGCCGCCACACCUCGUCUACUCACCGGCCAGCCCCGACGCGUCCCCUCCGCCGUCCAGCAAGGACCCCGUCAAGUAUGGCGAGCUCAUCGUGCUGGGGUACAACGGCUCUCUUCCCAACGGCGACCGCGGACGCAGGAAGAGCCGCUUCGCCCUCUACAAGCGGCCUAAGGCCAACGGCGUGAAGCCCAGCACCGUGCACACCACCGCCACGCCGCAGGCUGUCAAGGCGGUGAGCAGCAAGGAGCAGCACAGCAUCUCGUACACGCUGUCACGCAACCACACCGUCGUGGUGGAGUACACGCACGACGCCGACACCGACAUGUUCCAGAUUGGCCGCUCGACCGAGAGCCCGAUUGAUUUUGUGGUGAUGGACACGGUGCCGGGCAGCCAGAGCAGCGACGAGACGCAGAUCACGCAGAGCACCAUCUCGCGCUUUGCCUGCCGCAUCAAGUGCCAGCGCACGGCGCCCUACACGGCGCGCAUCUUCGCCGCGGGCUUCGACACCUCCAAGAACAUCUUCCUGGGCGAAAAGGCGGCCAAGUGGAAGAACCCGGACGGCCACAUGGACGGCCUGACCACCAACGGCAUCCUGGUGAUGCACCCUCGCGGCGGCUUCACCGACGAGUCGCGCCCCGGCGUGUGGCGCGAGAUCUCCGUGUGCGGCAACGUGUACACGCUGCGCGAGACGCGCUCCGCUCAGCAGCGCGGCAAGCUGGUGGAGGGGGAGAGCAACGUGCUGCAGGACGGCUCGCUCAUCGACCUGUGCGGCGCCACGCUGCUGUGGCGCACGGCCGAGGGCCUCUUCCACACGCCGACGUCGCGCCACAUCGAGGCGCUGCGCCAGGAGAUCAACGCGGCGCGGCCGCAGUGCCCCGUCGGCCUCAACACGCUCGCCUUCCCGAGCCUGCGCCCGCGCGCCGCGUCCUCCGCCGCCGGGGCAGCCGCAGCCGGCGCCGCCGUGGUCGCGGCCGGCGCCGAGGAGAAGCAGCCGUGGGCGUACCUGCGCUGCGGCCACGUGCACGGUCACCACGACUGGGGCCACCGCACGGCGGGCGACGCCGACGCGCGCGAGUGCCCGAUGUGCCGCACCGUGGGGCCCUACGUGGCGCUGUGGCUGGGCUGCGAGCCGGGCUUCUACCUGGACGCCGGCGCGCCCACGCACGCGCUCACGCCCUGCGGCCACGUGUGCUCCGAGAAGACGGCGCGCUACUGGGCGCAGAUCCCGCUGCCGCACGGCACGCACGCCUUCCACACGGCGUGCCCGUUCUGCGCCACGCAGCUGUCGGGGGAGCCGGGCUAUGUGCGGCUCAUCUUCCAGGGGCCGGUCGAUUGACCCGGCUGCAGACGCCACCCCAGCGCCGGGGCCGGCGGUGGCAGCUGAACUUGCUGGAUGAGUCGGACUAAGGGACCUCGCGCAAAGAGGCAAGAGGUGGAUUUUAAAUACACUGGACCAAGCCAAGGAUGGGUACCAAAACCGAAGAUUAGAGGCGCGCACACACGCCCAGACUUAACUAUUCCGACGUGACCGCAUUAGUUAUGUGUUGUAUUGGUUUUGAAUCGAAUGUUUUUAAGUUUAGUUUGAGAAGUCACCUGUUCAUUUUAUUUAAAUUUGGCAUUGAUGGACAGUAUUUGUGACUAAAGGGUGAUCGGUGCAUGCUUACUAGCGCUACCUAACAUCUCGGAACUAGCACAUGCCCCUUUUCAUAUUGCAAUUCCACCACUGGAUGACUAAGGGUCGUAAGGAUAUCCCACCAUCCCUGUAACCGCUUUGCCAGCAAGGAGGGGGAGGCCCAAGCCCUGAGUUUAUACUGCGCGGGUGCCACGUUGGUUGUCUUAUCAGAGAAUGCUGGAGAGAUAUUUUUGUACAACAUCCUUUGGUCUUCUGCAGCCUGGACACAUGCAUGGGAACCGCGGGUGUCAUGUACCCAGGCGGCAGGGGUCAGGGGCGGUCAAUGAGAGGGUUUUGCCAGUUGUGUAAAUAAGGAGGUACUGGGACGUGUGGAUAAAACAGCCCUCAGCUCAGAUGUACAGUUAUAAGCUGUCGUUUAAACUCAAGCAUGCAAGUGCCCAUCAAAUGCUGCUCCCUUUCAUUGGUGGGUAAUGUACUGUAGAAUGAUUUAAGGUCCGACGACUACUUAACUUUGAUAGCAUCUGAACUUUUAAUCAAUAACAUCAGAUAGGAAGACCAUUUUCCUUCUGCUAGACCAAAUAAAGACAUCACUGCUUGCCGACAGCC